CAGCAAGCCAGGGGAGCGCUUCCCCGCGGGGCUGCCCCGGUGCCCCACACACUCCCAGUUCCAAGGAGCAAGAUGGAGAUGGAUCGCAUGGAGGGCGACUGCGAGGGCAGGGGCGCAUCGUGUGCCCGGCGCAGGGCGGCACCGCUGCCCGGGCCCUGCUCGGCCUGAACGCGCUCGGCACGGGACAGCCCGGCACUCCCGGCUCCGGGGGCUCAGCCCCAAGGGCAGCGCUUGCCACCCGGGCAGCUUCGCAAAGACCUGGGGUAGCCCAGGGCCGGGUGAGACGGGUACCCCCAGCGCGGCUGCCACAGCCAUCCUGCGAGCUCUCCCGCCUUCCAAGGGACUUCCAGCAGGUGGAACCCACUCCUGCUCUGCUGAUCAUGGUCAACAAGACCUUAAAUUACUGGGGUCCCAGUUUUGAGGAGGACGUUAUCAACAUCAACGUGGGGGGUCUGAGGAGGCGGCUCAGCUCCAGCGCCCUCUCCAAGUUCCCCGACACCCGCCUGGGACGGCUGCUCUCCUGCGACUCGGAGGAGUCCAUCCUGCAGCUCUGCGAUGACUACGACGUGAGCGCCAGGGAGUUCUACUUCGACCGAAACCCCGGAUUCUUCCUCUACGUCCUCCACUUCUACCAGACGGGGAAGCUGCACGUCAUGGAGGAGCUGUGCGUCUUCUCCUUCUGCCAGGAGAUCGAGUACUGGGGCAUCAACGAAUUCUUCCUGGACUCCUGCUGCAGCUACCGCUACCACGAGCGCAAGCUGGAGAGCCGGCACCACAACUGGGAUGAGGAGAGCGAGGUGAGCAGCGUGGACACGUCCCCUGAUGAGAUCUCUGACAUCAACCACGACCUGCUGCGCUACAGCACCCUGCGCUGCGGCAACCUGCGCAAGCGCCUCUGGCUCACCAUGGAGAACCCCGGCUACUCCAUCCCCAGCAAACUCUUCAGCUUCGUGUCCAUCAGCGUGGUGCUGGUGUCCAUAGCCACCAUGUGCAUCCACAGCAUGCCCGAGUACCAGGAGGUGGAUGAGAAUGGCAACGUGCACGAUGAGCCCAUCUUGCACAAGCUGGAGUAUUUCUGCAUCUCCUGGUUCACCUUUGAAGUAUCCUCCCGCCUCCUGCUCUCACCCAACCCCAGGAAGUUCUUCAAGCACCCGCUGAACCUGAUUGACAUUGUCUCAGUGUUGCCCUUCUACUUCACCCUCCUGGUGGAUGUGACCAUGGGCAGUGACUCGGAGCUGGGCAACCUGGGCAAGGUGGUGCAGGUGUUUCGGCUCAUGAGGAUAUUCCGGGUGCUGAAGCUGGCUCGGCACUCCACUGGACUGAGGUCACUGGGGGCCACCUUGAAGCACAGCUACAGGGAGGUGGGGAUCCUGCUGCUCUACCUGGCCGUGGGGGUCUCUGUCUUCUCUGGAGUGGCCUACACUGCUGAGAAGGAGGAAGACGUCGGCUUCGACACCAUCCCAGCGUGCUGGUGGUGGGGCACGGUCAGCAUGACCACCGUGGGCUACGGUGACGUGGUGCCCGUCACCGUGGCAGGGAAGCUGGCGGCCUCGGGCUGCAUCCUGGGGGGCAUCCUGGUCGUGGCACUGCCCAUCACCAUCAUCUUCAACAAGUUCUCCCACUUCUACCGCAAGCAGAAGGCGCUGGAGGCGGCCGUGAGGAACAGCGGCAAGAAGGACCCUGAGGAGGCGGGGAGCAUCUCCAGCCGCGACCGAGACUCGGAGGCUCUGAGCGAGACCUCCCUGGACAGGGGCAGCCCCGACCGCCGUGGUCUGACCCCCGGUGCCCAGCCCAGCCCCUGACCCCUCGCACUGCAGCCCUGGGCCAUGUGGGACCUGCCUGCUCACGGUGAGCACGGCACCGGGACACGGCGGAGGAGCCGCGGCUGGCAUCGCCCCUGCCCUGGAGAGGACAGGAGGGGUUGGAGGAGAUGCCCAGUGGGUGCUGGAUGCUUCCUGUGCCUGCCUGGAUGUGUUUCAGCCUUCAGCUUGCUCACCCGUGGCUGAAAAGAGAGGUUGUGGUGCUGGAUAUACCCCUACCAGAAAGGGAGGCAGAAAAUAAGAAAUACAAGUGACCCCUGAUCAGGCACUGCCCCUGUGUAUGGAGAGGGAUUUUCCUCUGCCCUAAUGUUUUGUGUUGUCCAGGGUGAGGUUAAAUAGCUCAAGGAUGAGGCAGCCCUCAACCAGGCUGGCAGCCCUUACAGAUCCUGUGCCAUGUCGACAACUCCAGCCCCAGCCUUGUCCUACCCCCAGCAGGAAACAGGCUCAAAAGGCUCAACUGCCCCUCCAGCCAUAAAGGAAAGGGGCCUAGGAAUGAGUCUGUAUGGGAGGAGAGGCAGUGUCCAGAUCAGGGUGAGCCCCAUGGUCCCCAGCCCCUGCAGUGGGAUCGACUGAACCUCACCUUCUUUGCAUUGCUAGGAUUUAUCUGCUCUCCUGCACCACCACUGCCGGGACCCCCAGGGACCUGGGGCUGUGCUGGGAGUGUGGCACAUGGGGGAGGGACACUGCCCACACACCCAGGGAUGGCCAGGAUGGCAGAAGGAACACUGUCCCCUGAGGCAGCAGCACUCAAAGGGGUCAGGCCGGGGGAACUGAGGAGCCAAUCCCAGUGGGGCUGUCCCCCAAGCCCUGGUCUCCCUUAGCCUUUUAGCCUUUAGGCUUUUUCCCUCCCUCUCUCAGGGCCAGGCAGGGCCAGGAGGGCUGUAAGGAGGGGGUCACACUGCCCCAGGUGUCCUCACAGGGAGCUGAGCUCCUCGGGUGCCGCUGCACUCACUUUCCCUCAGUCAUUCCCUGCAGGGAAAGAUCUGGGGCAGAGGGGACCUUGCACUGCUUUUGUCACCGCAGCCUCUGAGCACCUCACAGCCACGCAGGGAGGUCAGCCUGGAACACCAACCCCCUUCUGCCUGGACCCCCAGCCCACCUGAGCACUUUUGGGCUGCUCCCAGCACGGCAUUAAUUCCCUACAGAGCUUUUCCUUGCCCUCCCAUGCCCGUUCUCUGUUUGGAAAUUGUGCAGCUCUGUGGCACACAGAGGAGUGCACCCAGCAAUGCCUGUUUUGAGCAGGAGAAACGUGCAUCCCACAAUCCCAAACCACCUCAAGCACACGCUAAAGGCUGCAGGAUGACCCCAGGUGCCUGGAUCAUGGGUUUGCUGCUGGUUCUCCUGGCUGGGUUUCAGCACAGCUGCAGUUGCUGGUGCUGGCUCUGCCUGUAGCAAUCUGCUGGUCAUGGGCAAGGAAAGCCAAACCAACACUGGUGCAGGUCCAGCCUUUCUGAGCCCAGUGGGACUCAGGGAGGGUCCCCAAGGAAAGGUGGUGUGGGAUGGGAGGGUGCUCACUUCUGGCAUCAUCAAGUCUUCCAGUACCAACUCCAUGGUCCACUCCAUGCUUAUUCCUGCUGGGAGCUGGGACUGGAGAGCAGCACCCUGUGCUCCAACCAGCUCCUGCUGCACUGUUACUUGAAUACAGGAAGGAGUUUCCCCUCCUCAACAUAAAUAUUCCAGUAGCAAAAUGUAUUCAAAUGUGAAGAGUAAAUUAUAUCUAUUAAUGAAAAAGCAUUAUGCAAAUAAUUAGGAGCAUGUAAAUUAAUUUUCUAUCUAUGCAUGGGAUGCAUACUGUAUAUUUUAUUAAAGACCUCAAUGACCUGC